AUGAACAGCAGCAACGACGAGUUCCUCAACCAAUCCCAGCAGUUCGAGGAUCAGUGUGAAAAGGCAGCCGACGCGAUUGCCGAGGCCGAUGUUCUUGUCCUGGUGACUGGAGCUGGAUGGGGUGCGGACAGCGGCCUCAAGGUGUUCGCGGAAGUCGCAAAGAUCCCUGCAUACCAGAAGCGCGGUAUGCAGUACGCUGAUGCCUCCAAGCCGGAAUUGAUCGUCAAAGAUCCAGAGUUGUUUUAUGGUUUUUGGGGCGAUGCGUUUAAUACCUAUCGAACAACCAAGCCCCACGAAGGGUUUGAUAUCGUGGCGCGAUGGCGCGACGACAAGAACCAAGCGAAUGGUCACAUGGUGGCAAACAAGAUCCGUGACAGAGUGAAGGAAAAAGUGGAGGCGCGCUGUCCCUUUCAAGAUGAAAAAACAAAGCGACAAACUCCCUACGAAGCGGAUGGGACUUCUGGAGCGUUCUUUGCCUUUACAUCCAACGUAGAUGCCCACCACUAUGACGUCUUUGAAGCACACGAAAUUCAUGAUUGUCACGGAAGCGUCGAGCUGUGGCAGUGCUCGGAUAGGGAUUGUGACUCGGGUAUUUGGAGGGCCCCCACUGAAUUCAUGUUUAAUGUUGACCAGGAAACAAUGCUGGCCCCCUCCAAGAAGCGCGAGGCGAGUGACACCAGUCUCCGCAACGGCGGACUUUUGAAUCUACCAGAAUCAUCUGACAAGGUCGGUUGGUAUCAGGACGACAGUGAAUCCAACUGGCCAAAAUGUGGUCAUUGCCAAAAGUUGGGUCUUUCACGGCUGGCGAGGCCCAGCAUCCUCAUGUUUGGAGACCACGGGUGGAAAUGGGAUUUGUCUCAGGAGAUUAGAUGGGAUCUGUGGAGGGAGACAAUUGUUGAGAUGGCCACAAGUGUUAAUGUCUGUAUCGUUGAAGUUGGGUGUGGUACGACGGUGGCAACUUGCAGAAACACUUCUGAAUAUUUCAUUCGGGAUCUCCUCGAUAAAGGUGGCAGAGCUUCGCUAGUGCGCAUCAACCCGGAUUUCCCUUCCACCACAGACCCCACCAUCCAGAAAAACAUCACCCCAAUCAUGUCAACAGGUCUCAAAGCCGUGAUGAAGAUCGAUCAAUUGUACGCAGAAAGGCACGGGAAGUCGUAA